AUUAUAUCAUUCCCAACGAAGCCCUCUCUCUCUCUCCUACUCUCUCUACGAAGCGCUCUCUCUCUCCUACUCUCUCUAGUUACUCUUUACGAUUUUUAGCACUCCUCUCUGAAGAAUUUUACAAAUCAGCAAGACCCAGAUCGAGAUCAGAGGAAUAAUAGUGGCAUGGGAGAUUCCGCUGGAAUGACAAUUGAGUUCCUCCGGGUGCGGUUGCUGUCUGAAAGAUCUGUCUCAAGGACUGCAAGACAGAGAGCUGAUGAAUUGGCCAAGAGGGUAGUGGAGCUGGAGGAACAUCUUAAGUUAGUCUGUCUCCAAAGAAAGAAGGCAGAAAAGGCAACAUCUGAAGUUCUUUCCAUUUUGAAUAACCAUGGGAUAAGUGAAUUCUCUGAAGAAUUUGACUCAAGCUCUGACCAGGAAGCCACCCAUUGUGAGUCUAAAGUUGGUAAUAGUUUCCCAAACGAGGAGGAAAGAUCAGUGAGUUCGAAGGCGUGGGGAAAUCAUAUGGAUGAAUUUUCUGGUUAUGAUCUUGAAUCGUCUCGUUUACCUGGUAGAAGCUUGUCUUGGAAAAGUGGAAAGGAUUCUCCACAUACCCAUGAGAAGAAGUACGUGGAUUCUUCCACUAGAAGGCAACACACUUUUGCAUUCACUACAUCUGCAUCACUUAAACGCCGUGUUGGUAAAUCUUGUCGCCAGAUACGACGGAGAGAGACAAUUGUUUGGGUUGUCAGAUCAGCAGUUGAAGAGUCACAAAUUGACAGUAGCAUGUUAUCUUGUCAAGACAAUGGAGCUACAUACUCAGAAGGAGCUACAUGCUCAGAAGGAGCUACUUGCUCAGAAGGUUCUACUUUCUCUGACAUUGGGCCUGAGAUCUUCACAGAAAGUUCUGAAAAGCCAGAUUCAAAAAUCUUACUUGAAGGUCCACUUUCAGGGGAUUUCGAAAAUCAAAGACCAGUAACUAAUGCUAGCAAUUAUUUGAAUAUUCAUGGAAGUAACAAAGACAUGGAAAGAGCACUGGAACACCAGGCGGAACUCAUAGGGCAAUAUGAAGAGGAGGAAAAAGCUCAAAGAGAAUGGGAAGAGAAGUUCAGAGAGAAUAACAACAGUACACAAGAUUCAUUUGAACCUGGAAAACGCUCAGAUGUGACAGAAGAAAGGGAUGGGACCAAGGCAGACCAAGGCAAAAAGUUGACGGUGGAAGAUGUUCCCGUCAUUAAAGAACUGUCCAAAAGUCAAUCUGAUGGCUUUCAGUCACCUCCACAAGACAUGCUUGCUUAUGAAUCCCCUACUUCACAUUUUGUAUUCCCUGUAGCUACAGAGAAACAAGAUCAACACCAUUCAGGAAACUACAAUGUUCCGCCAUCACAUAGCUAUUGUCAUGGUUCACAUCCGGAGAGUCCUGCUAGCAAUCAGUCGACACAAAUUGUCCCUUCUCAUGCUAGUUCAUGUAAAGAAGAUAGUUUGGGGAGCAAUAAUGAUCGCUAUGCGUUGGUAAAACAUGAAACGCCCAAUGAAUUAGGUUCUGUGCUGGAGGCACUACAUCAUGCUAAGUUAUCGCUGAAAAACAAACUCAAUACCUUGCCAUCCAUAGAUUCUGGGUCGGUUAGGAAAGCAAUUGAAUUUUCUGUUGGGAACAGUCCUGGGGUUCCAGUUGGAUUUGCAGGGCUUUUGAGAGUGCCAUCUGAUUUUCACUUCAAACCAACUACUAAAACUAACGUUCUGGGUUCAAAUUCUCAAUUGAGUUUGACAAAUUACUAUCCUGGUACUGGAAGUGCCCCAACUGCAGGUGAUCGAUUAAUCACCAGUCCUGCAGAGUCCAGGUCAAGUGUUUCUACCAGUGAUAUACAUCUCACCUUCCCGAUGAACCUCCACAUGGACAGGAGCUGGGUGCCACCGGAGACUUGGUCAAGAUUUCCUUCUCACAAGCCGUUGUUUGGUCCUAGUUUGGAUACAGGUCUACCUUUCUCCAGUAGAUUUACCUAUAAUGAUCUGAACAAGGAUCCAAAUGUAGCCUCUUCAAGUGCAUACACUUCUACAUAUCCCUUCUAUCCAGACCUGACGCCACAGAUGCCCACUGAUGAAGGAUUACAACGCUCUUCAAGUGUGCCUCCAGCAGAUCACUUCUCCCUCUACAGUAACCAUCUUAGGCCACCAAAUAUGUAUAGAUUUUAACUUCGGUUGCUCAUUUUGCAGCACAACCAUGAAUUAAGUUAGGAAUGAGGGUUUUGAAGAGUUUUCUAUAUCUAUAUAUGUUAUUGUGUGAAAUAUGGGUGUUCAAGGUCAUGGGGGGUUUUCAGGAAUCAUGAGACAUAUUAUGCAUCUUUCAUCUGGUUGUGUGUAUUAUUGUACUAGAUUUUAGUUCCCCCAUUUUGACACUCUUACCUUCUGGGUUCAAUUUUUGUGUGUACACAAGCUACUAGAAAGUUUGAAGUAAUUUUUGAAGUGAAAUACUUUGAUAUAUAUGGAAAGCCAAAAAACAAGUUUCUACCAGCUUCAAA